AUGAGUGCAAGGCCGUAUCCUCAAGGAGUUCAACCAACAUACAGAGAUAUCCCACUAAAUUUUUCUUUCGGAUCAAAUGAGCUUGUUAACUCGAACAAAUCAAGUGAUAAGCUAAGAGAAUCUAAGUAUACAGCAGCUGGAUCCAGAUCUAUUAAGUCGGGGUCAUUCUCGAUGCCAUACAAUCCAACAGAUAAUACAAAUUCCUUCGACACUGCCAGUUUAUUAAAUCAGUUUGAGACUAGGGAUCCAUUAUAUUCAAACACGUCGCAUAUUAAUAUGGCUAACACCGCUGUUAAGCAGCAAGGGCUUUCUGAACAUCAUAAUACACCUGUUCGUGGACAAAUUGAUGAAAAUCUUUUCAAUCAAGUUCCUAAGAGAUUCUCUCAGUUUAUUAUUGAUCAACAAGUUCCAAACGACGUUCAUAAAUUAGAUAACUUGACACUUGAUUCGAUAUCAAUAUAUAGUUUGGAUGCACCAGGGAUAAGAGAAGCUGAAAAUUUAAGAAUCUCGAAUGAUAGGCCGGUUUCUGUCCAGUCGGGAAAUAAUGCAAAAGUAAGACGUACGACUUCAGCCACAGGUUCUCAGUCUACCAUCUUCUCCACUAGACAAGAGAAAAGACGGUUAUUUAAGUCAUCAAAACCAAAAUCUAAUAGUUCAAAUCUUGCUAGAACCAAGGCAAUUAGAUUCAAAGAAGGCGGUUGGUAUUACAGACUAAAAGUUAGAAUGAAGAAACUUGGCAAGAAAUUAAAGGCCUUAAGAUUCAAUAAUUUUACAGUUUCAUCAAAGAGAACUGGUAGUAUCAAGAGAUCGAACACCAGGGCUAAAACAUUGCAACGUAAAUAUCGUCAGAAUCCACAAAAUGCUGCCGUUAGAAGGUUAACUGGCAAGGAAAUUUCAGUGCCCUAUUCAAAUCCUCAAUUGGGUAUAGGAGAAACAGAAAGAGUUGAAACAUUAGAUGCUAGAUUGAAGCAUCAAGCAGGUGCAGUAGGGGACCAUAGUGCUAUUGCAAACAACAUUAAACAAAAUCAGAUAUCUGGAUAUAUUGAUGAACAGCAAGAUACAUACAUCAAUUCAAUGUAUACGAAAACAAAGUCUAGUUCUGUAAACUAUGGUAAUAACACGAUUAAAAGGAAGGAUGUCAAGCACAAUAACUCAGCCAGUGAUAUUGAAGAAAUACCACCAACGCCUCCACCUCACCUUGAGCAUAAUAAUUUCAGUACAGUCGAAGGGGAGAAAGCAAAUGAUGUUGUUGGCGCAUGGAAAAGAUACUUAAGUCAUGUUAUCAGUCAGAGAAUCCAAUUAAGACAAGAGAUUGUCUUCUUUCAAGCAUUGGCUGCAAAUAACGAUGCCAAAAUUAUGGUUGAUGACGGUAUUUCUAAAGAAGUAGAAACUCAUGAUGAUGAUCCUGAAUCUGGAUCUGAAUUUGUGACGGAAUCUGAAAGCGCACUGGGUAAAUCUAUAAGCGAAACGGAAACUCUUUCUGGUUCUGAUAUCGGUACCGAGUCUGAUAUUGUGGAUUUACCUACUCAAGAAUUCAAUAAAGCCCAUAAUAGAAGAUCAAUGUUGGGUGAAAUGUUGGAUUAUGAUUCCUCCGAUAAUGAGCUGGUUUCCUCGUCUGUUUACUCGGAUUCGUCACACGCUUCUACUAUUCGCUACGAAAACUUCAUAAGGAGUGCCAGUAGCACCGCAAGCUCCGAUCUUGGAAUAGGAAAAAGAUACGGUACGCUAUUGAGAAGAAACACAACUAUAUCGAGAAAAAGACAGGAACACAAAUCAGCGUCUGAUCUGUUUCGUUCUAUGAAAAGAUCGCAAGGGUUCCAAGUGGGACUUAAUGAAAUUAAAUAG